UGGAGACACACGCAGGCAGCCGCCUCACAUAGGCUUCAAUUUCAGGAACAGCGGGUGACAGUUUGUUUUUCAUUGUGGCAUUCUGUAGAGAUUCUGGAACCAGACUCUAGAUUUGUCUGUACAGUGAAUGAAAUUGUAAAGAACUGGACUAUGUAAAAAACAUGAGCAAAUACGAAAGCAGUUGCAACUUGACAGAAGUACACACUUGGCGAAGUCACUCCGUCAGAAAAACGCAAGGUUGUCAGGUGCAAGAUAUACAGCCCGAGGUUCGGUUCUGUGGCAAUAUUACAAUGAAAGGCUGGAGUCCUUUGCUAUAGGAGCAGUGGCAGAGAUCAUCCACAAGGUUACAGGGUUUCAGAGAUGGCUAACAAUCCACAAGAUACUCGGACAAAGAAGCCAAGCAGAUCAUGCUUUGGGGAUAUCAGAGCAUUUGUUGCCACUCUUUGCUUGAUUCUCAGUGCUAACAGCAUUGGCAAUGCUUACCUGAUCAGCAUGUUAAGUACCCUUGAAAAGAGAUUUAGUCUGAGGACAACAGAACUCGGUUUAAUUGCAAGUGGAUUUGAAAUUGGCAACCUUUUGGUGAUCCUUUUAGUAAGCUAUUUCGGAGGGAAAGGGCACAGACCCAGGCUUAUUGGCUGUGGUGGAAUUAUAAUGGCAUUGGGUUCACUUCUUUGUGCAUUACCUGAAUUUGUGAGUCAUCAGUACGACUACCAGAAAGUGAAAAUAUCAACCUCAAGGGACACUUGUUCUACUGGCAAGCCAUCGAUGGAGAAAGAAGAUGAAAUGGAGAGUUGUAUGGAAACACAGUCUUCAAACAUGAUGUACGUGCUGCUUGUAAUAGCUCAGGUUUUAAUAGGAGUUGGAGCAUCAUCAGUUCAACCAUUAGGUGUCUCCUACAUGGAUGAUCAUGUGAAGAAAAAGGAUUCUUCUCUUUACUUGGGGAUAAUACUCACCACCACACUGUUUGGUCCUCUCUUGGGUUUCCUUAUGGGUGCUAUAUUUACAAAGGUUUAUGUUGAUGCAAUUUUUAUCGACACAGAGAAACUGAACAUCAGUUCAGAAGACCCCCGAUGGAUGGGUGCCUGGUGGGCGGGCUUCCUGGUCUGCGCUGCUCUGCUGUUUUUCUCUUCUUUGUUCAUGUUUGGUUUCCCUCGAGUCAUGCCUUUAAAGAACUGUACAAAAAGCAAACUUUCCAAACUCCUGUUGCCAAGCAAAGCCAUCAAAGAACAAGGCAAACCUGUCACUGAGAACAACAGGCAGAAAGAGACAAGAAAGAGCCAAAUCUGCUGCCACCAUUUUGUAGCAAUACUGAGUGUAACCAAGCAGCUAUUCCAGAAUCCUGUGUUCACCUGCAUUGUAUUGGCUGCCUGUAUGGGACUUGCUGCAAUUGGUGGUAUGUCUGCUUUUUUGGGAAAGUACCUGGAAUCACAGUUUGGAUUAAAUACAUCUUCUGCUAAUCAGCUAAUAGGAGUGGCAGCUAUUCCCUGUGUGUGCCUUGGAAUGCUUCUAGGUGGCUACCUGGUGAAAAAGUGUAACCUGAGUCCUGUGGGGAUUGUCAAACUGGGAAUGACUGCCAAUGUGCUGUGCUCAGCUGCCUUCGUGUUCUUGCUGUUCCUGGGCUGUGAAACAGGUCCUGUUGCAGGGGUAACUGCUGACUACAUCAAUGGUACUGAAUGGAACUUUCCAAGGAAUCUCUCAGCGUGGUGCAAUGAAGGCUGUGGAUGCUCUUUUGAAACACUGAUCCCUAUUUGCGGUGCUGAUGGAAUCACCUAUUUAUCUCCCUGUUUUGCAGGAUGUACUGAUAAUAACCUUACGUCUUGUGCCUGCAUAAACACUGGGGUUGCAGUGAGUAAAGCAGCGAUUCCAGGACAGUGUCCCAGCUCUGGCUGUCAAGGCACCUUUCAUGUGUUUUUUGCUGUAUUCUGCGUUGGAUGCUUCAUUGGAUCCAUGGGACACACCCCAACGGUAGUUAUUCUCAUUAGGGCUGUUAAUCCACUGUUUAAGUCAUAUGCACUUGGGAUCCAGUUUUUAUUGCUCAGGGUACUUGUUUUUAUCCCGAUGCCUCUUGUCUUUGGUGCAGCGAUUGACUCAGCCUGUCUCGUCUGGUCUGAAUUCUGUGGGAAGCGCACAACGUGCUCUAUGUACAACAACGACACUUACAGAUACCUCUACUUCAGCGUCUCCGUGGGACUGAAGACUGCUGCCUUCAUCCUGAUGACAAUGACUUGGCACUGCAUUAAAAGCAAUCCCAAGAAACAUCUACAGGGAGACGAAGACUGCACUGAAAAACUGACACCCACAGAACUUUUUGCAUCUACUUUGACUUUAGAUACCGCUGGGACCACCAAAUCUGCCACUGCAAGGACUACAUUUAUUUAUCACUUAGGAGACAAUGAAAUGUGUGAGAACAUUGAGUCUGUCCUCUGAAUUGGUGCAACACUUCAUGAUUGUUACACUUCAACAAACAACAAAAAACAUCAGAUGUAACCAAAUCUUAACCCUUUAUUUGUAUUGGGACCAUAUGGUAACAGCCCAUUAUUGUAACCCUGUGAAAUGGUCUCAGCCAAUGCUUGGUGCUGUAUGUUAAAGUGUUAAAGAUUUGCUUGAUUCAGUACCGAUUGCUGGUGUCUGGGGUUUGGACAAAAUAAUGCCAUACGUUUGGCCUGUCAUGCACUCAAUUCCCUAUAUACAUAAAUAUGAAAAAUUGCGUUUUUAUUUUAAGACAUACUAUCUGGUACUGCACUUGGUUAAAGAAAGUUGUCAGUUUGCUUGCCUUAUUUUCAGGAAGUCUGCAACUGUAAGUUUCUAGGUCAUUUUACAUCAGCAUUGUCUUCAGGGUCAAAGCAUGUCAGUCAACAGGGGAAGCAUCUUGUUGGUUAAAGACAGGAACAAAGGCAUUGAAGGAGUGGGGACAAUUUCACUCUCCAAGGAAGUGCAAGACUUGCAAAAAGUGAUUUCUUUAACCUAGUGUAGUACCAAAAUGUGUUUUAACACAAGAGUAGGUUUGCUGUAACGUGUUUCUUUCAAAACUGUGUAUUUCUAACUUGUAUAGCAAAAAGAGACAAGAUGAGAUCAAGAAUAUUCAGGAACAUACAUGCACACAUUCUGUUUUUUCUCUAAGGUAAUGGUUGUAAAAUACAGUAUGUUACUUGCAAUGCUAUUUAUCAGUAAUAAAUACCAUCUAUACCUAAACUACAUGCCAAGCAUAACAUAGUAGAAAUAAUACCCUACAUUAUAUUUAUGUAUAGUAUAUACUGAUUUCUAAAACAGCACACACACACACACACACACACACACACAUUUAUGAGGCUGAAGAACUGUUUACUAACAUUUUGCUGUUAGUAUAUAAUUCCCUUAAAGAUCACUGGCACCUUGCAUCUCAUAUUGUUGGACAACACUCAUUGAAGCCUCUUAACAGCCAAAAACCUAUGUUAGUUUUACAUAUUUAAUACACACUAAAGUUAUUUAUAGUGUAUGUUUACUACAGGAAAGUACACGCAUGCACAUUCUGAAUGCAUGUCUGGACAAGUAAGAAUGCACAGCAUCGAUCUGGUUACGGUUAAUAGAUUAUGAAAUAGCAAUAUACUGAGCAUCAAAAGAAACUUAUCACAUAUUUGAGCUUCAAAAGAAACGUAUCACUUACAUUUGGAUAAAAUUCACUAGAUGCGAUCGAAAAAACUCUGUUUUAGAGCAGGUGCAGUGACAUUUUAUUGUGCUGAUUAACAAUUGACAUCACGAAGAUGCUGCAAAAUGAUCUGUCGAUCUUGGGUAGGUGUUGUGACUCUUGGUCUCCCAGUUUGUGGCCUGUCAUUGACAGAAUGUGUCUGGUUAUACCAUCUCGCCAGGUUUGAAAUUGGUGGCUGUGAGCACCCAAGACGGCGAGCCACAGUACGCUGCCCUAGUCCAGCCUCCAACAUGCCGAUUGCAUGAAGGCGCUGCUCUCUUGACAGGCGUGGCAUAUUGUUUUUGUUUUUUUCUGUGAUUUUCUUUAUUGCUUUUAUUCAAGAUUCCUAUUCAACAGCUGAAAUCACUCUCUAUCCAGUGUCCAAUCAACUGUCAACUUCAGUCAUAGUCACUCAAGCUUGUCAUGGGCAAGGAUGAAUGAUUGAGUGAUUAAAAAGAAACCAAAAACAUUUUGUCAAUGUUCAUCAUUUAUAUACCUUUUUUUUU